GUGCAUAGCCUUGUUGUAUAGCGGCCCCGCCGCCAUAAUCUAACUUGGUCGCUUUUGAUGCCUGACUGACACUUCGAAGGCCAGUGCAACCUGACCAAUCAGGAUGCAGCAGUCUAGCGGCGAAGAGUCGGAGAGUAAGCAUCGUCCUGCCGGGACUAGGACAGUACCUGCUAGCAUCCUCAAGGCAGGCACGGAAUCGGUUGGGAACCUUACUCCCGAAGAAGCAGAAGAACUGCAGGUCCAGUUAGAGAAAGAUAAGCGAGCAGUAUAUCAACACCCUCUGUUCCCACUCAUGGCAUUAUUAUUUGAGAAGUGUGAACAGGCCACCCAGUCACCUGACCCACCGACGUCGGCGAGCUUCGAUGUCGACAUCGAGGAGUUUGUCAACAGGCUGAAGAGAGAGGGCAGCACAUUCUUUAUUGAAGACACAGAAAUUGAUACAUUAAUGAUCAAAGCAAUCCAAGUACUAAGAAUACACCUGCUUGAGCUGGAGAAGGUCAAUGAACUUUGUAAAGACUUCUGUCAUAGAUAUAUAACUUGUUUGAAGAGCAAGAUGCAUAGCGAGAAUUUAUUGAGAGAUGAACGAGGAGAAGCCACUCAGUUUGAUAGUCAGUACUUAUCCAACGGAGAUCUCUUAGAUCUAGAACCACCGCCCACGGAACAUAAUCAGAUCCAGAACCAUCCCACCUCAACACCAAACAGCCAACCUGUUAUAUUACAGCAUGGAACACAUUCACCGGCAAAUCAAUAUCAGGCAGCUACGGUAGUCAACUCUGCGGGUCAGGUCGUCUACACUCCAGUUAUACCACAGGGUGUUGUGACACCACAGGGAUUAUUAACUCAGUCCAUUCCAGGCAACAAUGCCCACCACCACCACCACAAGAAGAAGUCUGAACCUCCUCAGCAGCAACAGCAGCAACAACAACAACACGUGGUACCGAUCAUACAUGGUUCUACUCCUCUUUCACAGAUCGGCAUCUCACAUCAGGGUCAGAGUCCGGGUCAACAGCAACCUCCCAGCAUGCUCUCUCUCAGCCAAGGGGAUCUCAGGGUCGCGAUGGCAGAUGCUGCCGAGGUCAACGACCUGCUCAACAAGAGGAAGCCCAAACGAGGGGUGCUACCGAAGCAUGCAACCACCGUCAUGAGGUCAUGGCUGUUCCAACACAUAGUGCAUCCGUAUCCCAGUGAAGAUGAAAAGAGAAUGAUAGCAGCUCAAACCAACCUUACUAUGUUACAAGUUAAUAAUUGGUUCAUCAAUGCAAGAAGGCGGAUCUUACAGCCGAUGUUAGAUGCCAGUAAUCCCGAAGCUGCCACGAAGAACAAGAAACCAAAGAGUCAGAACAGACCAUCAACUCAACGAUUCUGGCCCCAGUCGCUAGCCCAACUUGGUCAGACGACAACAGUAACACAGUCGACAGCAGGUGGGACUAAUGCAUUGGACAGGAGAAGCUUGGAUGAUGAGGCGUCUGCUGCCCUCUCUAGCAGCGCAUUAGACAGUGUAAGACAUCUAUCCUCCGACAGCAUGUCACCAAUGCUUGGUGUCAGGCAACGGUCGCCGUCAUCGGUCUCGUCGCUUGACAACUUAGGAGCGAGCGGCGGGGACAGUCUCCACGAUGACGAUGAAGACGAUGACCUCUCCACCAAUUUAGAACUGGGUAGUGAUUCGGGGAUGGUGGAUUGAUAGUUUGUUGGAUGAAGCCAUCGUCUGAGAGAAAUGGACUUUAUUACAGGGAUCAAAGACAUAGAGAGGGAGAUAUACCGAAGAAGCCAUGUUGUCAAGAGUUUUGACAUAUGUAUUCUGAGUCACCGUGGUAACAGAGUAUUCUUCAAUCUGCCUGGAUGAAUUCAUUGACAAGGAAGUGUUUUAGCUAUCAUUCUCAAACUUUGGAAGAGAAACCAACGGUCAUGACAACUUCAUGCUUUUUACUGUCACUUGGCGCUUUACAAAUAUUGGGGCCUCAUAUUCAUGAAAAGUUCCUUAUGUACAUUUAGUUGUCAGCAAGUACAUUAGGUAAAAAUGGCAUCGCCAUGUGAUUACUUGAUGUAUUCAGUGUAUACUUGGCCCUGGUAAUUGCUUAAUUCAUGUACAACAUGCACCCUCUCCACUCCCUUUGGAAUAUUCUAAGGAUUUGCCCAUCAUUGGUGUGUGUAUGACGAGUAAUUGGUGCAAUGGAGUUCAACAUCUAAGUAGGGCCAGUUUCUUAAAGAAACUGUGUUGGGAAACAUUGAUUUUGAUUUUGCAGCUUAGCCCUGUGACCACAGUACUUAUCAUAAUGUCUACACAACCAUGAUUGUAAAUCCUAUUAUGAAAUGGGCCCUUUGUCCUCAUUUUUCUCCUGGGUAUGGGAGGGCAAAUAUGGAUUAAUGCUGUGUCUCAGGCCAUCACCCUACCAUAUCACAAAGUUUGGAGAAACUCAAGAAACCAAUGUCACGUUCGAUGUCAUAUAUGGGAGUUUAUCACAUGUAACAAGAACUGCCAUAAUCUCACACCAGUAUAUCCUCGAGUUUUAUCAUCUAGUCCUUUAUUAUAUGACUUGACUUACUGACUAUGGUGAAUAGGACGGCGUGUCCCUAUGCUCUCCUACGGGAGAUCCUUUUCCAUUCAGUUCUACCCUGGGCUAGGUCUUCAGCAUCCACUAGAGGGAGUCCCACAUCUUGUCUGACUUGGUCUCUCCAUCUGGAAUGGGAAUGUCCUGGUGGUCUCCUUUUUUUCUGUAAGCCUGGACUGGAAAGUGAUUUUGUGGCAUACAGUAUAUUUGCACAAACCACCUCAGGUGUUUUUUUAAGCUUCCUCACAUAUUGUGUUUGUAAUAUGUUAUCUCCUGAUGUCCUCGUCCCUAAUAUUGUCCAGGAAAUGAACCGGUACAUAUCAGUGAUAAAACACAAAUUAUCCAUCAUCUUACAAUUUCCAAGUAUUCAACUUCAGUUGUGGUUUAUUCUACAAGACUUCUGUGAAAGCGUUCAUUCUUCUCAGUCACUUACGAGGGGAACUUCUGCUGUAGGUUCUUUCUAAGGGACCCGAAAAUGAUGAUUAAUUUAUCUUUAAUGGAUAUUUGUGGAUAUCAUGUUUUUGUAAUCAAGAUCACAGCACCACUGCUCCUAUAUAAGCUAUAGUAUAUUGUGUCUUAUGUCCAUUAUGUUUCUUUGGAAUGUGAAGUCUGAAAGCUUACAUGUAUGUCCUAAAGAUCAGUGUAUUCAGCAAAAUCCCUUUUUGCCAAAAAAAAGAAAUAAUAAAUGAAAUAGUCUUUUUAAAUUCUGCAAUAAAUGUAAAACCAAGGGAGAGAUCAAUUUUGUUAGUACAAAAUUUAGGUAUUAUGUUCAAGUAAUCACUUUGGUCACAAGUCUGCACUUAUAAGACACCGUAUUGCCUUUAACUCUCUGAAAGAUAAGACCAAACUGGCAUAUGGAUCUUGGUUCAGGCCAUUAUCAGUUUGCUUCCAAGCUAAAACUUGAAGUGAACUAUCUUGGUAAAUGCAAAAAAAAAUCUCUAUGUCUAGCACAGUGGAAAAAAUGCUGUUUUGUAGCCAUUAUCUUAGACCCCUGUUACAUCUGAGAGAUUCCCUACCUCGGGCCGGCCUGGGGCCUACUUCGGGUCAGAAAGAAAUCAGAUGUAAACAUCCCAAACCUACCUCGGGCCACCUAUUAGCGAACCUACCCGAGACCACAUCCAGAGGUAGUCUCGGGUAGGUAUCGGGCCGGCCCCGGUCCACCAAUUCGUAGAUGUAAACGCACACAAGCUUUCGAACCUAUCUCGGUCCGUUCGCCAGCUGUCAAAUUACGUCAUAGCGCGCGCUAUCCCCUCCCCAGCCCCGUCGUUCUUCGAAUGUUUUGCGGCAUGCGACAUGUGAAUUGUGAUUAAUAAAGUCUUUUGAUUUGACUGGAAAGAAGGAAGCAUAUUAAACGUAUCCUUUUCAAGUCGAUUAUAUCUUCAACGACUGCUGGGAUCAUCAGUGUAAAGAAAUGUAAACAACUUCAAUUAGCGCGCGCAAAUUAUUCAGAGCCUAGAUCGAGAGCACCCUUUGGUGUCAGCAAUCAGAUACCGCUCGAAACUGUACCGAUAGGGGAGGGAAUGAACGCUGUGAUGUAAACAGACCACAUUUCGGGGUUCGGUCCGUUCGUGAAGCUAAUCCACCAAUAAUCCAGUCAAGGUUGCAAGUGGACUCGGUCGGCUCUCGGGUAGGAAACUUUCAGAUGUAACAGGGGUCUUAAAUAACUAUGGAUAAAUCCAAAUAACAAAAAUUUGUCUUUUUUCUAUCUGUUUUUUCAAAAACCAAUCCGAAAUGGCUUUAAAACGGUUUAAGGAAGGAAAUAGAAUUGCUAUAAACAGCGCAAUGCUCAUUGUGGUAAGUUUCAGUUAACCUAUGUUAAAACUUGAGAAAUAUAUAUUUCCAGUAGGUAAUAAGCUGCAAAGAUUGCUCUCCCAAGUGUUCAUUCAUAAUCAUGAAAUUACUGUUGUAGGUUUGUGGUAGAUUUUUCUUGAACUGAUCCUUUAUUUAUGAUCCCCUCCCCUCAAAAAAGAAAUAUCUUAAAAUUAUUUUAUGCCAUUAAAAAUAUUGCUGCUUUUCUGAUAAUCAGAAUGUAUUCUAAUACCAUGCAUUUGCAUGCACCCUUGUUCUGUCACAUGACUUUAUCAAGUCACAUGACCUGUAUUCAAGCAAGUCAUUUUUUUUAUUCAGGGGAAAACCUGAGAAUUUAUUUUGCUCCUGAGGAAUAGACCUUAAGCUGCUCAUUUAUACACAACAGUUUUUAUCAGUUUGAAAAUGCUUGUGUGCAUAGUUUCAUGAAAUUAAUGUUAGUAAUAUUAAGAAUGGAUUUUAGUCAUUUCAUUUGUUUUUAUAAGUUUUUUCUAUAUGAUUCUGCCACUUUUAUAUCUUUUUUAAAGCAAGUUUUUCACUGAAAAAUAAUUUGCAUCAAGAAUAUUUUUGAUCCGUAAUUUUCUGUUUUAACAAAAUCACACAAUGUAAGACUGUAACUUACUAUCCAGGUCCAUUUUGUUGAAACAUGUAUGUGUAAUUAGCCAGAAACCUGCAUGAAAAGUUUAUGUUUCAAAAUGUUCUAUGAUAUGUCAAAAUGGAAAUGCGAUAUCACAAUCACUGUGUGAGAGGAUUAUACCAUAUAGUAUGACAAUUUUAGUUUUUUCGAUGUAAGUUCUAAAUACCUUUUAAGUAAUUUUCAUGCAGCCUGUCCUGCCAACAAGGUUUCACUUUUGAUAAGCAUUUUGUUGAAUGACACAUCCUUUGAAUGUCACAUAUUUUCUUGUGUUUUUAUGGUCUAUCUCCUUGAUUAUUGAAAUGAUGCAGUCGUAGUGACCAAAAAAUUAUUUAACAGACCACAAAAGGCAAACAGGCUUGUUUGAAGUUUAUCCUGAAAG